CAGUUGUGGGUUAGUGCAUCUCUCAGUCGAGUUUCCAUGGUCGGUGCAUGUUGUUCUUGUUGCUGUUGUUGUUUGUUGUUGAACAUUAUUCCAACAUGGCAGACACCAGCAAAGCAGAAAGAUUAGCGGCUGCUCGAAAAAAGCUGCAAGACUUUCAACGUAAGAAAGAUAUUCUCCCAGUACCCAACAACAAUCCUCCACCAGCUGCCCCGGUUCUUGAGAGUUAUGGGGUGUCAACAUCAGAACAAAACCCAAAGUUAAAUUUUGAGGAAACCACAGUUCCAAAUGUAAAUUUGUUUGGUCCCACAAGCACUCCUCAAGUGCCUAUUGGAAUACCUGAACAUGUUCCAAGCUACAUCCCUGGGGAAGAAAUGGUUAGCAGUGGAAACCCUCAAGCCACAAAUGGGUUUCAAUUUUCCAGUUCAGGAAUGGAGUACUCUCAUUCAAAUCCAUAUACGAGUGUACCCGCACCUAUUUCAUCACUACAUGAAACUCCCACAGUCUUCUGUGGGAAUUCAUACUUCAAUAAUGGAAACAGUGCUAGCUCUGAACUGUUUGGUACUGCUGGUACCAAUGUCAAUAACUACGACUAUUCGCAGCAAGGUUCUUUUCCACCUCUACAAGGUGCUAGUGCUAGUGCAUACUCAACAGCUCAUCUGUUUGCCCAGACCAAUGAUGCAAUGGCCAAGUGGGAUUUGAAUCCCCCUCCUACAUCAAGUCCUCCAGACUUGACCGACACACCUGUGUCUAUUCCAACCCCUCAUAGUGAAAUUACUGAGGGUGAAAUGCCAUUGUUUACUAAAGAAGAAAUUUCUCUGGAUGAGGUCCCUCUCAUGCCUCUACCACAAACUGAGCAGAAAGAGCCAUCUGAAAAUGGAUCUGCAUUAAUCCUUGAUGAUGGUGUGCCCCAAGAAAAUACAGAACCAACAAUACCUGUAAAUGGAAGCUUUAGUGCAGAAAGUAUACGGCAACUUUCUGAUCAGAUUACCCAACUCAUUGACCCUUCUGUGAAGGAAGAUGAAAAACAAAACUCUUCAUUUGCCACUCUCCUGGAAUCUCGUAAUCAGGAGCUAGCAGCACAGCUUGCAGUUGAACGCCGUAAUAAUCAGCAGCUUCAGUUUACACUGAAAGAAAGUCAAUCACAAGUCUCUCACCUGCAAUCAAAGGUUGAUGAUUUACAAUCACAGCAGGAAGUUAUACUUGCAAGACAUCUGGGUCCUCUUCAAGAACAAUUAAGAGCUCAUGCUCAAACUGUAGGAAUUUUGGUGGGGGAAAAAACUGAGCUAGAAGCAGCAAUUAACCACCACACAGCUACAGCCAAGCAACAUGCAAGUGAAGUUGAAGAGCUACAGAAUCGCUUGAGAGCUUCUCGUCAUCGUGUAAGUGAACUUGAGAAAGAACUCACAUCAGUGACAGCAUCUGCCUCAGCAUCUAAUAAACAGACGACUAAUCAUGUUCAAGCGAUAGACCAGUUGCGUUUGCAAAAUGGAAUGCUGGCCAAACAGUUAGACGAUGCAGAAGAGGAAGCCUCAGAACUGCGUCAGAAAUUAGGUGCUCGUGUGUCUGAAGUUGCUUCACUUGCAGCACAGCUGCAAGAGAAGCAAUCCCAACUUUCACUGUCCCAGUUACGGAUCACACAGCUGAGUUCAUCUGAUAAUCCAGAGGCCACUGCUGAAAUUGAGUCCUUGCAUCAGUUGAAGAUAUCAUUGGAAAGAAGGUGCACAGAAUUGACUGAAACUGUCCGACAGUUAAGUGCUGAUCGUGACCAGGCUGACCAACAAUAUCAGCAAUAUGUGGCACAGCUCAAUGGACAACUACAGACUGCUCAAUCUAAACUUGAGUCGGUGAACAUGGAGAAUGACAGAUUAAAAAAUCGAGAGGAAGACUUGGUCCGAAAUAUGUCCGAGCUGGAAAGACAACUUCAACAGCAAAUUCAAUUACACCAGCAGCAACAGCAACAGUUGCAACACAACCAAUUCCAGCAACAGGCUCAACAAGAACCCGAUCAAAGGCCUGAUAACCAAGUAAACCUUGAAGACAAAAUCUCUGAAUUGCAAGAGGAGAGGCAGAGACUCCAAUCAUCAUUGGCAUCUGAGACUCAGGAAUUAGCUAAUCUCCGCCUCAAACUGGAAGAGAAGGAUGCACAUAUUGCAGAUCUAGAAACUCUUUGUAAUGAAAGACCAGAUCAGUCUAGGCUUCUAGCUGCCAUGGAGAGUGACAAGGUUGCUGCUGCUCAGGCUACAUCCCAGAACACUGUUCUAAAACAACAACUUCAGGAAUUACAAGAUGGUUUCAUCAAAAUGAGUAACGAUAAACUAAACUUAACAGAAAGUUUAGAGCAUGAGAAACAUGUAAAUAAAGAGAUGGGAGAAAAAAUUUCACAACUUGCUGAAGAGUUACAUGAACUAAGGGUUUUGGUUUCUGAAAAAGAACGGCGACUUCAGGAGUACCGAGAGCAUGAACUAGAACACAGCCAUGAUGAUCAAAAUUGUAAUGGAAGUCAUGAUCACAAUGUAAGUCAUGGCAAUAAUAUGAAGGAAAGUUCAGAUCAUAUUCAUGAUAAGCAGCAAGCGCAUGUGACUUCUAGCUUACAAGAACAACUAAGUCAAGCUCAUGAACACAUUCAUAAUCUCAGUAGUCAGAACAAUAACUUGCGCAGGUUGAUAAAUCAAAAAUCUACCGAGAGCCAUGAGUCUGGAAGCAGCAGCAGUGCUACAGAAGAAGUUACAACAGAUGAUGCUGCUGCUGAUCAUGACACAAAUUGUGAAGAUGCUUCAGAUAACCAUGCAAAUUACAAUUGUAUGCAGUAUGCAAUGGAAAAGCUCCAAGAACGUUUUACACGUACCAUGGGAGAAGUAGCAGAACUGUCUGAUGAAAAACAGCGUUUGGAACAUCUUGUCUUGCAGCUUCAAGGAGAGACUGAAACUAUUGGAGAGUAUGUUGCCCUCUACCAAAUGCAACGAGCUGCACUCCAGCAAAGAGCUCGAGAAAAGGAUCAUCAAUUAGCGAGUCUUUCAGCGGAGCGUGAAGAUUUACGCCGUAAGCUACAAGAAUUGAAUCAACUUAUUCAACGCUUGCUAGAGGAAAGAGGAACUGAGACAGCCAAAGAAGCUCUUCCUGUACUUGAAGGACUCAAAGAGAAUUCUACUUUAAGAAAUGAAACUGAUGUGAUUGAGGUUCCUCACAUCGCUGAUCACGUUGACCAGGAUGUUACCAGUGACGUAGCCAAACGACUGUCAAAGAAGAUAAUGGAUAUAAUUGAAGACAUUUCAGUGACUAAUGAUGUUGAGACAUCUUUCCACCCAUGUCCCUGGUGUUCAGGAAGACUCAUAAAUGUUUGAACUAUUUUUAUCAUUUUUAUCAGUCCAUCAGUCAGACUGGUAGAAACAAAUUUUGGCUUUAUGAAACUUUCUCUACUUAACAUUUUUCAGUGAGAGAAAUUAAUUACCAUUUCGUUCUUGCAUCUCUUAUACCAAAAAAAUGUCAUCACUGUUUCUAAAUUUUCUAAAUUGCCAGUAUUGUGGAAAAAUGGUGGGUGUAUUUUGUAUUUAUACCAGAGAUAAAUGCUCUGUUUAUACUAGACUUUUAAUGUCAAAUAUUAUAACUAAUGUAUUUGAAGAAAAAAUAUUUUUAAAGUUACCACAUCCUGAAUGAAUGUCUGUGAAUUAUUUUCUUAUAGUUUUCAUAAGAAAAUAUUAUUUAAUAUUAGUUUGAGCUUUUUAAGAUGAAAAUCAGUCUUAAGUCCUAGGGUUUUAUCAAGUUCAGGCAAUAUGCCGACGAUCAGCACAACGGCAUAUCGCCUUAACUUUGAUAAAGUCCAUUUUGUUCUUUUUUUGUUGCUUUCUCCUCUUAGUCCAUGGAGGUUUAAUGUACAAUGUGUCAUAGUGUGGCAAAUAUAUUUAUUUGUGUCUGUUA